AUGCUGGGGGAUGACCCUGCGAUAGACUAGCAUCCCAUCCAUGGGGGAGUGGAAAUACUCUUAGUCGCUUUAUGAUACAGAAACAGGGAUAGGCUCCGCUCUGUUGUUCUCCGUUGGCUCGUGUGCAGACUUUACCUUAAUUUAUGAUCGUAUGGAAAAAGUUUCAAAAUUCCCGAAAUUUCCAACUUAGCACGGAUUGCGCCCCUGCGUCUGGCAAAUAACAGUGAUAACGUCUAAUUACUUGACACAGCAGACGAUCCAUCAGAGUUAAAAUGUUUUAUUGUAAGCAAUGCAUGCACUUCAAACACAGAUUAUGUCUUCGAUGUUUCAAGAUAUUUUAUUCCGGUUGGCUUAAAAAAAAUGCAAUUUGUAUUUUCGGUCGAAACUUGUCCUUUAAUGAGAAAUCAGUUCCAAUCAGCGCUGAAAAUUUUCAAAAUUUCGAGUCGGGAUUUUUCAGUCAAAUUGAAGGCAUCUUCUGUUCACCAGGAAGACGGCUUCACCUGCUAACAAAAUAAAAAAUCACAGAGAUUCUAAAUCACGCUCAAAGGCUCUGAGAAAAUAGCUAACACCUGAAACAUAUUUAGAAACUAUUCAAAACACAUUAAAACUAUUUGAAAAUAUUUAUUACAACGGUUGACGCUCUUUCGAGACGUCAUGUAGGUUUUUUUCAAUACUGCCUCCUUGUAGCCGAAACAAAAACUCUAAUUGACAAAAAAAAAAUAAAGGAAAAUUCAUUUCCUAUACACAGGAAAGGAAAUUUUGAACCAUUUCUCGUCCUAAAAAUUAUCGCCUUAGGUCAUUUUUGCAUUAAUUCGUAAGUGUGUACUGCUUUCUAAUGUCGGUCUCCUCAGCGUGGUGGAAAAACACAAUAAAUCUAAACACUUCGACACCUGCAAAUACGAACAGACAACAUUUAUGGGACCGAUUCAGCAAUCAGCUGGCAUUUAGAAAAUAAUCUUUGAGUAUCUGUCAAGCAUCUUGACGUGAUUUCCGAAGGCGGGUUGAAUUAAACAUGGGCCAUACUUACUUUCAUUUCAUGUGAAAGGUGCACAUAAAAAACACAAACACACAAAAAGGCAGAUGUCGGAGAGGGAGGAUCACAUCCGUAUGAUUUUCCUUAAAAGAACGUAUUUGAAAAACUUAGCACGAUUUUACAAGACUACCAUAGUAGACAGAAAGGUGAAAAUUGAUGUUUUCUAAUUCAUAUACCGCUUUUUCUAAAUUUUUGCCUAAAAGAUCUUUUAUCACCGUAAAUGCAGUUUCGAUUAAGUAAAAUCAAGAAUGCGAGUCAUAAAGUUUUUAUCUUCGUCUUCUUAUUUAUUCUCUAAAAUUAUUGAAAAGCGAAAUAAUAAAACAUGGAAAAAGCCGUUAAUGAACUGGGCGCGAUUUCUUCGGCGUACUCAGUAUUUUGCGAAAUGUUCAAUUUCACUGCACGUACUAGUAAAUUAAGGAAGAAAAAUUACCAGACAGUUUAUUUCCAUAGUUGAGCGCUGAUCACGACGAAACCUUCCGUUAUCUCUUUCUUUUUGCAGGAUCGUACAGGAUAAACUGUGAAUGAGAAAAUUAUUUCCCGGAUUGUGAAAACCAUUUCCAUCGAAGAGAUUGACACCACAGUCAUGGCAAACAACUCUUCGCAGCUAGAACCACACCACAACUUCGUCGUCAUGGCAACACUAAGUCACGUGAGCACGUCUAAAGUCAAGGGCUGGUGUGCUAUGUUUGCUGCUGAAGCCGUCGUUGUGACGAUAGGAAAUUUGUUCAUUAUGACCGUCUUUGCUAAAGCGCAUGACAUGCGAAGACAGCAUCGCCAUUACUUCCUUGUGAACUUAGCGCUGGCUGACUUCACGGUAGGAGCCUUUGCAGAACCGCUCUUUGUCUACAUCUUAGGGGGAUAUUACGACCUGUGGAUAUUCAAAUACAAAGACAUCUUAUUCACUGCCAGUAUAUUCCUUGACAUGUUUUCGGGGAUUUCGUCGAUUGCUUUCCUCGCCGCCAUUGCUCUUGAGAGACUCUACGCCACGCUGUACCCGACCAAAUACAGAACAAUAAAAACAGCGAGUUACGCUGCAGUGACUCUCUUCCUAUGGAUUAUCUCCGCCAUCAUUCCAAGUAUUAGAAUCUAUUUAGGAAACGAUUACAUCUCGUUGUACGCAUGGAUGCCCGUGGUUUGUCUUCUGCUGUUGCUUAUCGGCGUAGCUUACAUUGUUAUGUGGGCUAAACUCCUGUUUUUCAGUACAAAGCGCUUGAACCAAAGCCGUGAAAGACGGUUGAACGUAACUGUUUCUAUUUUAACCAUCGCCUCACUAUCAGCAUGGCUGCCGUUUAUAAUCUUGAACACAGUCAACAUGUUUCGGCCAGUCAGCCUUGUAGCUGUGUACUCCACUAAAGUUCUACAUUAUGGCAAUUCUUUAGUCAACCCUUUCUUGUUUGCUUUAAAAAUACCCAAGUUUAGAGAAGCCGCAAAGAAGAUAUUUUGUAACCACCGACGAAACGCGGAGGGGAAUCGAGCGUCGCAAGUGAGGCAAGAGCAUUCUUUAAAGGCUUUGCACUCUUCGAGUUCGCAAAAUUGUCGCAAAAAUCCUGAAAUUAGUGAAAUUAGGAGUACAUCCGUUUGAAGGUUAUCUAAUCAAGAUUCUGGAUUGCUUUCCAUUAGGCACAAAGAUUGUCUCUACCAAAUAGCACUGCGAACAAUGCAAACAGCUAUGAGCAGUAAGAGAGUUUAACCAAAUCACAACGGCUAUGGCAAUAAGAAGGUGGUCAAACACAAGGUUUAAAGAGCUCCUCAAUGGCUCCGUCUGCACGUGCGUUAUACAUUUCUCAACCGUCCAAAUUUCUGCGUGUUAUGGGGAACGUGAGCCACAAAGCAAAUUUUUCAGCUUUCUAAACAGAACUGAAAGCCGCGCUUACAUAUUCAGCGAUUACUCUGACUGAAUAAAUGUGAGAUUUUUAAGCUAGUAAACCUAUGUGAGACUAUUAAGUAAAAUAUAACUGAACUUAUUCAGUUCUUAUUCAAAACUUGACGUUAGCCUCGCCUUUUUUGGUUGCCGGUAAAACACCCUGUAGACUUAUGUCUGAAAAUCUGCUUCUUAUUGAUCAUAAUGAAUAAAAAGUCUUAAAAUUUGA